UGGAAAGUCAGAYAGAGUUUACAUGUAGUCUUUGUCAUUCAAAUUUUAGUGUUACAGRGCAUCUGAUCGCUCUUGAAACUUCAUCAUAGCAUAAAGAAGGAAAAGAAGAUGGGUUUAACUUCGCUAGAACAGUUAUGUCUUCUCCAGAUAGCUAAAGACAUCAAGUUCUGGUGCAGCGGUGUCGAAACCGAAGGGCUCAACGGCUGCUUGUACAUGCUGGGACCGUUCGAUCAKUUAGGAUCAAGGCAGAUACAAGAACUCAUUGCCAUCCUAGCUAAUAAGAAACAUCUUAAAGUUYCCUACCUACAGAGUCUAUUGCACCAUGGAAUAACUUCACUUGACCUCAGUCUUUGUAAUUACCUAGUGUCCGAUUCCUUAAUGCAGAUGAUUAGUAAAAGAUGCCAGAAAUUGCAGCACCUUGCAAUACCCUACUGCAACAAACGCAUUUCAGUUCAGUUUCUGCAAGAGCUACCAGCAAAUCUUCCUAGUUUACGGAGCCUYGACUUGAGUGGUUGUUCAACAUGCAAUGACAAUGUACUCAUGGCCAUUGGACAGCACUGUAAAAACAUCCAUGUGUUAAAGCUUCGAUCUUGUAAAAAAGUCACUGAUCGUGGCCUAGAAUUCCUUAACAUGAACAAAAGCAUAUUGGAACUGAAUCUGUCUGGGACAAGCUGCUCCCCUGAUGGAGUUUUUAGGUUGCUGCAAAAUCAUCAGCAUUUACAGAGUCUAUCAUUGGAAACCUGCAGUUCAAAAGAUCACCCAUAUUUUAACACAAAGUUUUUAUCAUUACAAAAAACAAGACUGAAGUAUCUGGACAUCUCUAACACUUCUGUAAAUGACAGCUGCAUUGCAAAUAUUGCAAAGAUAUGCCCUGAAAUCUCUACUCUUAUUCUUACUACAUGUGGGGAGAUUACUGGUGAAUCYUUGCUGCAYUUGAAGUCUCUUGAGCUUCUAAAACACUUGGAGAUUCAUGCAYUSGGAAUWAAUUGUUAUGUUCAUCUGCGGGAAUUUCUAAUAGAGCGUGGUACUCACUUASAAGUACUUCACCUAAUAAUGGCCUCACAUAUCGAUACUGGGAUGAUUGGGUYCUACUGUCCMAAYCUUACAGAUUUAUCUCUUUCUGGAUCAACAAAUGUCCUUGGAUCAUUMACACAACUGCCUGACCAACGAGUCACUUUAAUAGAAGCCUGCCCUCAUUUGAAAAAACUUGAUAUUGAUGGCACUAGCUUUUCUGCUGAAAAAAGUUUGCAAGAACAUUUUUCAGCAAUAUUUAACAAAUCUACCAACCAUUUGGAAGUUUUGAACUUUUCUGAUUUAGAAGAUAUUGAGCUUGAUGGUGUUGAGCCAUUYGUUGAAACAUUCUCUGGCUUGAAAUGCCUUGACAUUUCAUUCUGUAAUCUGGUCACUGUUGACCUUGUUAUGAAGUUUGUGCAGUGCUGCAAGAAAUUACAGCACCUGAACGUUCUCGAUUGCUGGAAAGUUCAUCUCUGUGAUGUUGAAAGAGCAAAGCAAAUAGCUAGAGAACAAGGAAGAGAAUUAGAAAUAGUUUGGAAAUAAUGAUAUCAAAUAGAAAUAGUAUUGAUUUUUAAUGUAAAUACAUAGAAUAAAAUAAUAAAUAUAUUAUGUACUUACAAUUUUUAGUAUCAGGCAGACACUAAUAACCUUUCAAAGGAGGUUAUCAUUGCUAGGCAACUAAAUAAACCAAUUUUAAUAUACUA